UGUAACGGUUAAACAUGACCGCGCUGCGGAGAACUUCGUCGGGACGUCGAUUAGAUGUGUUCGCGGCUCGAGUGGCAGCGGCAGCCCCCUCGAAUGGCGGAGGAACGUCUUGUCGUUUGUGUGUGUGCGUCCCGCCGCACGGGAGACGUCAUGAGAACAGAACACCGCGGCGCGACGCCAGCGCGUCAUUUAGAUAGCUAGCUACAGUCCGCCCGCACGGCCAGCGAACGCUUCAUGAAUUAGCCGCGCUUGAGGCUGUUUGGGAGUGUGAUGUUUGUUUGUAAACACGCAGAUUCACCCACUAACAAAUAAGCAGUGAAAUGAAGUGUUGAAGGAUGGCAGAGACAGAAGUCACUGUGUCCGUGGAGGACAUGGUGAUGAUGAAGAGCACAGAGGAAGAGGAUAUGGAGCCUGACAACCAAAGCAAGACUCAGAUGAUCCUACAGCUGCAGCCCAUCACCGCGGGGCUUGGAGAUGAGAGCGGUGAGACGGAUGCUGCAGUUGUGGCAGUGGAGACACAAGAUGAGGCAUCUGCUGAAGGAGAGGAUUUGGAGCUUGGUUAUCCUAUUACAUGUGGCGAGAGUAAAGCCAUCCUUCUAUUCAAGAAGUUUGUCUGCCCAGGAAUCAAUGUCAAAUGUGUAAAGUAUGAGGAUCAGUUGAUUAGUCCAAAGCAGUUUGUGCACAUGUCGGGUAAAGCCACUUUGAAGGACUGGAAGCGAGCGAUCCGGAUGGGUGGGGUCAUGCUCAGGAAAAUGAUGGACUCGGGUCAGCUGGAUUUCUAUCAGCACAGCUCUCUCUGCACCAACACCUGCCGCAGCACCAAGUUUGACCUGCUGAUCAACAACACACGCUUCCCACCGGACGGCAGUGGGCUGAACACACCCACCACAGCUCAGGGGCAUGUUUCUGUGGGUAACGGAUGUCCGAUGGCCACGGUAGAGGAGAAGAAAGAAGACGUGAUUGGUUCUGUGGAGUGGAGUCCAGCCGCCAUCGAAGCCUCAGAGAAAAGGGACACUAAUGACAUCUCAGAUGAGACGCUGAGUUUCUGGAGGGGUAUCGCUGAGGUGGGCAUGAUGGGAGAGGUGGUGCCCAAUAUCCGCUCAGAGCUGCUGGGUCUGCUGAGAGGAGUUCAGCUGCGCUCGGAUCAGAGCUCUCUACAGGAUGCAGAGAUUGCAGUUCUGAGCAACCUGGCACAAGUCUUUAACCUGCUAGACUCCAUCAAACAAAUUGUGAAUGUUCGAAGGCAAAUGACGGACCCAGAGCAAACUCAGACGCUCCGGACACUGACAACGUUGGAACAGCAGGUAGAGGAGCAGAAGAGGCAGCAGUCCCUCAGCUGGUCGUCUCAGUCGCAGGUCCUCAGCGGUCUGGUCCUCCCCUCCACCCCUCCGGCCAAACGCGCUCCCAAACGGCCCCGGCUCCAGCGGCCCGCCUCCACCACCGUGCUCGGCACGUCCAUGGCCCAGCCGCUCACCCUCCAGCCCCAGCAGUUCACCGUCAUCUCCCCCAUCACCCUUUCAUCCAUCGGUCAGUCGUUUACAGUGGCUGGCCUCAAUCAGCCAUCCAACACCGUGACCCUUCACGCCCUCCCCGCAGGCUCACAGCUCUUCACGAGAAUCGCCGGAGGAUCCGACGGGAAAGCCGAAGCCAUCGCCCUCCAUCCCGCGUCUGGGCUCACGUUACUGGGCGCCACCGCCAUGCAGGAGCACGCGCAGCUCGGCACGGUCAUGAGCCCCGUGGAGCUCGUCCAGCUGACGCAGAAGAUGACGUCUGCAGGGGUGACCCCGGUCGUGAUGCAAGACGGCGUCGUCAGGGUCAUGCGAGAGGACGAGAGCCAGGAGAGCGCCACCUUGAUCGAGAUCGACCCAGCGUCCGCCGACCACGGCGUGAGCGUCAUGGAGCUGCAGCUGGAGGGAGACGAGGCGGAGGACGGCGCCACCGUGAUGGAGGGAGGAGGCGAGGAAGGCCAAACAGAGGAGAUACAGCUGGACGCCAAUGGUCACUUCCACAAUUUUCCCAUUGUAGUGGUGGAGGAAGAGACGCAGGACGCCGGCAAAGACAAGUGAUCCGCCCUCAGAGACUGAUGGACCCAAUCAGACAGGGACGGGGAUCGUGUCGCCCUUCCAGCUUUCAUUUCUUAUUCCCGCACAGCCAGUCACAACAGUCGCGUAUUUGUAAAAGCUAAUUCAGUAUUCCUUUUUUUACACGUAAAAAGCAACCGUUUAUGAUGUGUUGUUAGAACACGUUCAGUAUUUGCUUUGGAAGUUUAGGCACUUAUUUUCCGUUUUCCUUCCGUUUCGGUGCCAAAAUGUCACAUAGUCGCCCGAUUUCAAGUUCAAGACUGAUAUUUAAGACACUCCCAUAAUAAUUAAAGGAUUAGUUCACUUUUGAAAAAACUUUUGCUGAUAAUUUACUCACCCCCAUGUCAUC